AUGGACGGGCCUGUCAACCUGCUCUCCUUGGACGGUGGCGGUAUCCGCGGUAUUUCGUCCAUCCUUAUACUUCAUGAGAUCAUGCAGCGGUUACAACACGACCAGAAACUGGAGAGCCUACCUCGCCCAUGCGACUACUUUCAUUUGAUCGGCGGCACAAGUACGGGUGGCUUGAUCGCACUGAUGCUCGGCCGCUUGAAGAUGACCACAAAAGAGACAUUAAAGGCGUACAAUACCAUUGCAGGGGCGGUCUUUUCGAAGAGAAACAAGAAGCCAAUCUAUAAAGAAGGGACGUUUCGAGCGUCAACCCUGGAGAUAAAGAUUAAAGAAGUGGUUGCCGGACAGGAGCUUGGGGAAUACAUGCUUAACGAGGCAGGAUCAGACCUUGCAGCCACGGGAAAGGUCUUUGUUUGUGCGGUGCCAAAUGACAAUAUGUCGCACCCAAGGCUGUUUCGAUCUUACAAAGUGCGAGAGAAUACAAGUGCCAACUGUAAGAUCUGGGAAGCAGCGAGGGCUACUACCGCUGCACCUACCUUCUUCAAGCCCGCCAGAAUAUUUGAUGGGGAUGGAGCUUCAAGUGAGGAUUUCCUGGAUGGUGGGCUACUAUACAACAAUCCCGCUCGACUGGUUCUUGACGAAGCGCGCAGAAUCUAUGGCGAUACGGCUACAAUUGGCUCAUUGAUCAGCAUUGGGACUGGAAGAUCUGGCGUCAUAGGCUUGCAGAAACCAGACGCGUUCCAAAAGAUGAUUCCUUUAGAAAUGAUUGGGGUGUUAAAGAGCCUAGCAACCAACUGCGAAGCCGUUGCUCAUGCGCUUGCACAACAAUUCGAAGAGUGCUCUGACCUCUAUUUCAGGUUCAACGUGGAGCAUGGCGCCGAGAGCACAUCUCUGGAAGAGUGGGAGAAGAUGAACAAGAUGCAAACCCAUACGAAAGCCUACUUAGAGGAUGUGAAUGUGAAUCGUUCCAUGAAUACUGCCGUACGAACCUUGCGUGGAGAUAGAGACACCGCCGCUUCAAGGAUUACACUGCGUUUAAUCUGCUCUACCGUUCCCCUAAACACCCUGGAAAUGGUUACGACAUCCGCGAAACGUUGUUACCUCUCCAGUCCACUCUUCACAGGCCGAGCAGAUCACUUGAAGCGAAUGAAGGAAUAUUUCGGUCCUCGAAAUCACACUGAGAGGCGCAGGCGAGAAUUUCUUCUCCAUGGCAUGGGAGGAGCAGGCAAAAGCCAGCUUGCCUUGAAGUUCGCUGAAGAUCAGCAUGACGAUUACGAGCAGGUCUUCUGGAUUGAUGGAACGGAUAAGGGCACAGUUGAGCAUGGCUAUCGGCGUAUCGCUCAGAAAAUGUGUCCAGACGUUGGACCCAGUUGCUCUCUUCAGGUUGCCUUGGAAGCUGUAGAGCAAGUCGAGAGCAAAUGGCUCCUUAUAUUCGAUGGUGCCGACGAUCCAACCCAGAUCAAUGGACUUUGGCCACCAGGCACCCAGGGCGACGUCAUCUACACCAGCAGAGACGAAGGAUUACGGCGUUUGCGCGCUGAUCAGGCCCUCAAAGUUGAUGAAAUGGGUAAAGAGGAAGCAAUAUCGCUGCUACUAAUCGCCGCGCGCCUAGACAUGUCAAACGAGAACGAGGCAAGAGCAUCAGAGAUCGCGCUGGAGCUGGGGUUCCUACCGCUCGCUAUCGAUCAAGCAGGGGCCUACAUAGCCAGCGGAGAAUGUUCCAUAGAUGGCUUUUUGAGUACCAUGAAAGUCCACCGACAGCAACUCUUUGAGAACGACGCUUACAGAGGCGCAUCUGAUUAUGAUCGAGCGGUGUAUGCGACUUGGGAUGUCUCUCACGCCGCUCUCGACAAACGUGCGCAACAAAGUGCUAGCCAUGCAGGCCAUGCGGCAAAGACUGCCUUACAGAUACUCGGUAUCUUCUCAUGCUUUCACUUUGAGAAUAUUGCGGAAGAGAUCUUCAGGAAGGCUGCAGAAAGUCGUGAGCUCUUUGAAGCGUUCGAGCAAGCCGAGGACGUUGAGCAGGGCGAGGAGUUUGAGCAAGCCAAUUUCCCUUUGGAAUUAUUUCAACUAAGUUCUGAUGGACAAUGGAACGAACAAUCAUUCUAUCAAGGCAUACGAUGUCUACUGUCCUUCUCCCUCAUAAGUUACGAUAGGCCUACGCGUUAUUUCUCGAUGCAUCGACUGGUUCAUGCAUGGGCAUCUGACCGUUUGAAGGUGACCCAUAAUAAUAGACCUUGCUCGAAAGCUAGGGCUAUACUCUCGGCAUCGAUCGCAAUGACGUCCGAUGAGAAGACCGCCAACUUUCAACGAAGCUUACUUCCUCAUAUUAUUGCAUGUCUACGGGCGGAUUCCUUGAAUAUGUCCCAACGGUCUUGUCAGUGGUAUUCAAAUUUUGCGAUUUUGAUGAUACAGGCGGACCGAGGUAGGGAGGCAGAUCGACUUUUUCUUGCGGUUGCUGAGUACUACAAGCAAACCCUUGGCAUGGGGGACAAACACACGCUGAAUUCUUUGCAUGGCUUAGCUCUUAGCCAAUACCAUCAGAGGCUGUUUAAGGAAGCCCAGGACACUCUCUCCGCCGUAUUGAGAUUUUCAAAUACAAUCGAGAAUGAAGAUGUUGUUGAAGCAAGAAGGCGUUCUAUGUUGCUUUCAGCCAAGAUACUCAGAGCCCAAGGUCGACUAGAUGAAGCAAUGGCACUCCAGAUGGAGAUGCUCCAAUUCUUCCCAGGAACCUCAGGCUAUGGAGGUGAAAGUCUUGCUACGCUAAUGACGGAUUUGGGAGCAACGUUGCAUGAGAAGGGUAUGUUUGAAGAGGCAGAAGAGCUUCAAGUGCUAGCACUCGGGGUUCUUUGCGAAAGUGAAAACUCCAAUGAGAAAUUAAUCGUUGUAAUAACGACAAAUUUAGGAAUGACAUGCCGCAGUCAAAAGCGAUACGGGGAGGCGAAAAGUCUGCUUACACAAGCACUGGUACGUUCUCGGAGCGUGGGGACAAUGCAUCAUCGCUUUUUGUUGCGAUGCAUUUGGGAUUUGGCGGAAAUUUAUCUUGAGGAAGGUGAAAGAGGAAAGGCUUUAGAACUCUUGAGCGAGCAUGUGGUGGUGUCCACUAAAUUCUAUGGCUCUGAGCAUGCAGAUACUAAGCGAGCUCAAGCGAAAUUGGAUGAAUUGACGGCAGUUGAAGGAGCAGUAACCUAUCUAUCACGCCAGACCGACGCCUGA